UGGCAGCAACUAAGGUAAGCUUGAGGCUUUUGAUAGAGAAAAAGAGCCAACGGGUGCUUUUCGCUGAAGUAGAUAAAAAAUUUGUUGAUUUCCUCUUUUGCAUUUUUAUUCUGCCGGUCGGAACUGUCACAAAGCUCUUACAGAAGCAAAACAUGGCAGGCUGCUUGCAUAUCCUGUACAAGAGCAUAGAGAAUCUGCGUGAUAUUUACCUUCAACCAGACCAAAACAAAAACUUUCUACUAAAUCCAAAAGUAGCCAAUAUUUCUGGUGCUCAAGUCCCUCUCCUCUUGCCAAGAUUUGAGCAGUACUCUUAUCCUCCCAAGAAAUUUUAUAGGUGUACCGAAAGCUACAACUACAACUGCAACUACAACUUUAAGCACGUGGCUAAUGACCAGAGAGCAAUUUGUCCUUCGUGCAGGAAAUCAAUGACCUCAGAGGUAAGUUGCGUAGACCCACCAAGCGAUAAUAUCAUGGCAUCCUCAUCUAGUGAGGGAGGUUACGUGAAAGGGGUGAUUACUUACAUGGUGAUGGAUGAUCUUGAGGUGAAGCCAAUGUCCAUCAUCGCUGCUAUCACUUUACUUACCAAAUUUAAUGUCACUGACAUAGGGGCUGUUGAGGAGAAGGUGGUCGAUUUCGGCAUGGAUGAGGGUGUGAGAUUGCUCGGAGCAUCUUUUCAAUCGAAGACUGUUCUUACUGAUAUCUUCUUAGAGAAGGAUCGGAACCAUACUGUCAACGAAGAGUCUGAAAUUCAAGAUGUUGAAUGAAGGCAUGCCUUUUCGCUCUGAUUGAUCCAAAAAAGUAUCAGUGAGAUUGGUGUUGCAGUCGCAACCAUGUUUCUAUAUAUAUUCUGUUUCUUGAUCUUCCUGUACGUUGUAUUUUAAUCA